UUGGGAGCAAGAAGCAGCGCGAAGCAUGGAGAAGCCGCGUCGCAUCAGGAUCGGUUUAGUUCAGUGGUUAAUCCACUUGCUAUAGAGCAAAGCAUCACGAAGCUCUGUCACUCGCUUGUUUGCUGCGGUCAUUGCUGGCGCGCCUCAAACGAACCUAUACUGCAUGCUCUACCGACGCCAGUGGCUGCCCUUGCGCGAGCUGAAGACUAUCCUCAGUGUGACGAAUACGGAGCAGUGCGGAAUUUCUUCGGCAAUAUCAACCACUUCCUCCCAAUCAGAUGCGGGAUCCCAUGCGGACGUGGAGCGAGCCCAAGACGCGACGCCUGAACACACUACCGUAGCCGAUACAUCAACCGAUCCACCAGCAGUCACGCCGCCUCGAACAAUUCGCGCCACAGAGGAAACAGUGGACUUGCUGUCGGUCUGCUCCCAAAGCAUGGUUGCAAGCACGCAUCAAGCGACCAGCGACGAUUUGCUCACCAGAGAGAAGGCGACCAUGACCAUGCUCGAAGCCGUUGAGCGCGGAAUGCUUAGACGACUGAAGUGGGGAUACCAGCUUCUCGCCGAUGUUGGAGAGGGUUCUGAAAUGGCUGAGAGGCAGGUGGACAACGAGUGAUCGGCAGUCAUGAAAGCUCUUCACCUCCAUAGCUGCUUCGUGGCCGCGAAGACAUGUUUCACGGCCAUGAUCGUGGCAAAGCCGGCCGGGAGUAGUGCACGACUUCAGGCAUGUUACUGAAGCGCUUCAAGUUAGUGGUCUGCCAUCCCAUCAUAUCAGCACGCAUCUUAGGCAGCACACCUCCAGUUGACGGUGUCG